AUUCUCACCGUCUCUCUCAUUCACAAUCAGCUUCGUCACCACUUCCUCUCUAAAAACGCAGAGAGAGGAAAUGAAGAGCCGAAGCUCCAAGAAGAUCUCCGCAACAUGGAUUCCCAUCUUCUGCAUCCCUGCUUUCCUUCUGGGGAUGCUCAUCACCGGCAGAAUGUGGGCAGCACCUGAAUCCAACGGUCAGCUAAUUUCGAUUCGUCGCCAAGAGCAAGAGCUUCAAAUCGUCUCCGAAGAUUGGGCAACUAAGAAGAAGCAUGGACAUGAUAAGAAUGUGAUGGACGAAAUCUACAAAACCCAUGAAUCAAUUCAAUCUCUAGACAAGCAGAUGGCGUCGAUUCAGUUGGAAUUGGCGGCAGCUCGGAGUUCACAGGAGACGGGGGACUCCGGUGGCUCCACCUCCAACUCGCAGUUGUCUAAGGACAAUUCAAUGAGAAAGAAAGCAUUUAUUGUUAUUGGAAUUAAUACUGCUUUUAGUAGUAGAAGGAGGCGAGAUUCAGUUAGAGAGACUUGGAUGCCUCAAGGGGAAAAGCUACUGCAGUUGGAGCGCGAGAAGGGGAUAGUUAUCCGUUUUAUGAUUGGCCACAGUGCAACAUCCAACAGCAUUUUAGAUAGAGCCAUUGAUUCAGAAGAUGCUCAACAUAAUGAUUUCCUCAGGCUGGAACACGUUGAAGGUUAUCAUGAAUUGUCUGCCAAAACGAAAAUUUUCUUCACCACAGCAGUUGCACAAUGGGAUGCUGAUUUUUAUGUCAAGGUGGAUGAUGAUGUACAUGUCAAUUUAGGUAUGCUAGCUACAACUCUUGCCCGUCACCGUUCAAAACCUAGAGUCUACAUUGGGUGUAUGAAAUCUGGACCUGUUCUUGCCCAAAAGAAUGUGAAGUACCAUGAACCAGAGUAUUGGAAGUUUGGAGAGGAGGGAAACAAAUACUUCCGGCAUGCAACUGGACAGAUUUAUGCAAUCUCAAGGGAUCUUGCUACAUAUGUCUCCAUUAACCAGCCCAUAUUGCAUAAGUAUGCCAAUGAAGACGUGUCGCUUGGUUCGUGGUUUAUUGGUCUUGAAGUCGAACACAUUGAUGAACGCAAUAUGUGCUGUCGUACUCCACCAGAUUGUGAGUGGAAGGCACAGGCAGGUAAUAUGUGCGUUGCAUCAUUUGAUUGGAGCUGCAGUGGUAUCUGCAAGUCGGUGGAAAGGAUUAAAUCUGUUCAUGAGAAGUGUGGUGAAGGUGAUGCAGCUGUUUGGAGUUCGUUAUUCUAAAUCGGAGCACGUUGUAUCAAGUGCAGCCCACAAUCUUCUUGUGGUGAAGGGGAUGCAGCUGUUUGGAUACUUCUGAUUGUAAAUAUGUGUGGAGGGUAAAGGGGUAUUUAUACAAAUUGAGUUAGGAUCGAAUUGUUUUCUUCUGAUGUGGGAGUCAGUUGUAGCCCGAGCAGAAGCAGUAACAUUUUCAAUUGAUGUUGUAUUGUAUCCUUCCAUUUGUGUAAUACAAAACACAGAAAAUAUACUCCCCUCA